AUGAAGGAAGUGUCUCCAAGCUUGCAACAGCAGUCUUCCCCCUCGGACACUCAGGCGAACCGGCGAAAUCGAUUGUCGUUUGUGUGUCAGGCGUGCAGAAGAGGCAAGACCAAGUGCGACCGAGAAAAGCCCAGCUGCUCGCGAUGCCUUAAACAUGGCAUCGAGUGUGUGUACGACGUGGAGCGACAAACUCCACCGAGACACCCAAACAAGGACGCUACUAUAGCCAGACUGAAGCGUGAAAUCGAAUAUUGGCAAGCUAAGGCUUUGAAACAGACUUUAAAUGGCGAAAUAGCGUCCGUAGGUGAUGCCAGCAAGACGAGUGUGUCACCAAUGACAACCAACACCAGUUUCACUUCGCAAAUCAAGGUGCUCGCGUAUGGCCCCUUCCGUGGCCUAAGCGACGUCAUGAUAGAUCUCCAGAAAUUCAAGCCCAGUUUGAUCAUCACCCAGAAUACCAGCCGAGAUGUUAAGCCCUCUUCAGAUAUGGCCCAGGUUCGACAAGACAGCUUUUUGGCCAUUUUCUUUGCGUCUUUCUUCGCAGCCGCGUCCGAAAAUACGUUAAUCAACUCCAUUUCUUCGAACGAUGGCGUUCCCUACGCCAAGCGGCUCAAUCUGAGAUCCGAUUUGUUGAACUUGCAAGACCGCAUGCUUCGAAAGUGUACAAAUGUCGUCCAACAAGCCCGCGUCACCGGCUUCUCAGAAAGAGUGAUGCAGGAGCUCGGUGGGUCGCGAGACGUUCGCACAGGUAUUUUCUUGAAUCUUCUGAGUUCGAAGAUGAGCAGAAACUUAAUCGAGGAUUUGAGUGCAGAUGAAAAUGUCUAUUCUUCAGCUUUGAGCCAACUUGUCCGCAAGAUAGAAUUGCUACUACCUCCUUUCCCAGCAUUAAUGACCUAUAAGGCCUACUUUUUCAGCUGUCUUUUCCCUCAUCUUCCCUUUUUGGACCGAAGUUUGUUUGAGGAAGCUUUACACAAUGUCAUCGCAAUGGACCCCGACAAUCCACUAAAGAUAAAGUUGAGACUAGGGAAACAGAACCUAAGACUAAAGAUCGAAUAUCUCGCUAUACUGAUGGUGAUGCUUGGUAUCUCGUAUACCUCAAUGAAAACUGAACUAGGACUGUCGUCUUCCAUGAAACCAGCUCACUUUGAUACGAUGGCCAACCAAAAUUUGAUAGAUCAACAUCCAAUCACAGACGAAACAAUCCUUCUGUCCCAAAAUUGUAUUGCAGCGCUCGACUUCAUGAACUCUACUACCGAAAACACCAUUUGCUGCUUGCUUUAUCUGUGGGCCUUUUAUGCAUUUUCUCCCGAGGAGGGAGACUUUUACUAUGGGCAGCCUACAGAAUUCGUCUUAGGCAUGACCUCGAUUUUGGCAACAAACAUAGGUCUUCACAGAGACCCCUCGCAAUUUCGUCAAUUCCAAGGUGACUCCAUUGUCGACAAAAGAGUUGUGAAUUACAGGAGAAUUUUGUGGAUAGGACUGAGCACCAUCUUAAACUCAGAAUCAGCUUUGAAAGGAAGGUGUCCCAGAUUCAUCAAAGAUUCGAUUUACUCUUCGAACCUUGACUUCUCGUCAUCAACAUUUAUGAAUCAAAUGGUCCGGGAUACGGUUGGUCCGGAAGAGAUCUACAAGAAAUUGUAUUCUGAGGCGUUCACAAAACAUAGGACAUAUGACCUCUUAUCGCGUUUCGAAAAGAUUUGGUCUUCUUCGGACGGUGAGGUAGCACUGAGCGGUAUCGAGACUUUGGUUAAAGAAGUUGAACAACAUAUCCAAAAGCUUGUUGGUUUGCUUGAUCUCAAGUAUGGUAGACGGCCCCCUUACACGAAUUUAGCCGCGAAGAGCGAACAUGAAAUACAUGCAGGUUUUGCCAAGGCCAGUGAGAGAGCUUCGAAUUUCCAAGCGUACAUCAUUGCCCAGCUAAUUUUGACGAGAACCUCAUUUUCCAUUUUCAUUUAUUUCGAAAUGAAAUGCAAAGAAUCUUAUCAGGAAUUUUGUCUCUUCUACGAAGCCUUUUUUGUUGAUGUUGUGCAGAGAUUCUUGAAGUUAAGCGAGGUUUAUUGUCAAUACUAUAAUGGGGAACUAGCAGAGAAUUUUCUUCCUUCGUCGGCCUUUGUAAUUGAUAAGGCAAUGCAAAUGAGCAUGGGCACAAUUUUCUAUACUGCUGUUGCUGUUAUGUUGAGACUUACUCACGCAAUCGACCUUCUCCAGGACAAACUUUCGCGUGAAAAAUACCUUCAUGAGAAGGGCGCCGAGAAUCAAAUGUAUGAAGUCACGAAAAGACUGGAAGUCUUGAACGCUAUAAACAAUAGAUUUGAAAUAGUCUUUGACAGGCUAUGCCAUCUAUCAACUAACCACCUACGGCUGACGUUCUUUUCUGCUUUCAAAAUGCUAUUGUUUUUCGACCAUAUUUUACAACUAGUAAAGAGAAAAGAGAUGACCAGGACGAUGCGAGAGCUAGCACAAUUAGACCUUACAGAAAAAACAAAGAAGAAUCUGUUUUUGGGCUUUGGAUUUGAUGUCAAGAAAACAAGUGAGAUGUUUAACGAUUUGAGAAGCACUGUUUCACUUUCUAUGAUGAGCUUUAAUGUGCUCUAUGAUAUUCAGCACAGUAUCGACCGCAUUCCAGUAUUUCAAAUCCCCGCUGAUGGUAAAAAUGCUGCAAAUAGCAGCCAUAGAGAAACUGUACCGAACGGACUUCUUCCAUUUAAUAGCGGAUCUCAGCAUACCAGCGCUACACAGCUACCGUCGCUGGCACAAUUACCGCGUAAUUUUGUCUCAGCUGAUGGUAUGCACUUGCCGCUGAAUUCUGAACUGGAUUUCAAUCAUAUCGAGUUGUUUGAUUUUGAUUUUGAUUUCCUCCUGGGUGGCAUGUAA